AUUUCGUUGAAGAAGCAUCAGUUAUAAAGUGAUCAUCAAAAAUGGAGGUUCCACAGUUAACUCUUCGCUUUACUAUCGUGAAAAUUAAGCAGAAAAAUUUAUUUUUCUCGGAAAUUUUUGAAUUACGCGGUCUGCAAUGGCAAAUUAAAGUGCAUAAACGUAAGGACGCACUAAACGUAUAUCUGAAAAGCCUAAAUAAGGAUAAAUCUGCAGAUUGGUCGUGCAUGGCAUCGUGUAGAGUGCAACUAAUUUCAUUGUGUCGGCAAGCGUACGAAAAAUCCUUUAAAUCGCCUAGAGAGUUUAGUGCUAAACAUCUCAGUCAUGGAUUUAAAAAAUUUAUUUCACUGAAAGACUUGUUUGAUCCAGCGAAGAGCUACGUCGAGAACAAUUCCAUUGUUUUGGAAGUAAAAGUUAAAGCGAACUUGCCGAUGAAAUUGUCGGAUGAUUUGGUCAAGAAAUUGACAUUCGUUCGUUUAACGAUUGACAACAUAAAUGCUUCGUGUGGAUUUCUUUCACCGGUGUUCGAAAUGUCCGGCAUACCAUGGCGUAUUAAAGUCUACACGCGAAAAAUUGAUAAAGAGAGGGUCAUGGCUGUUAUGCUGAAUUGCGCAUACAGCGAUACUAAGAGGUGGUCGUGUCAGGCCGCAGCCAGUUUUCAAUUGAAAUCAUUCGAUCCAGUGCAGCGCCCUCACCAGUGGCAAUUCAGCAAAAAGCACAAAUUCUCUCGAAAGUCUGUAUCGCACGGUUGCAGAAGCUUUAUAACUUGGGACGACCUACUAGACGAGGGCAAAUCAUUUGUCCGAAACGGUUCGAUUGUUUUCGACAUAGAAAUGAUUGUGGAGAAAACGACUGGCAUUGGAACCAAGAAAACUACCGAGUGUCCGAUUUGCAUGGAAAACUUACUGGAACUACCCGUUAGAACAACCGAAUGUGGUCAUGUAUUUUGUCAGUUUUGUAUCGAAAGAGCCGUUACAACCAGAAAUAUUUGUCCGACCUGUAAAGAACCAUUACUUCCAUCUCAACUAUUUCCCAUUUAUUUGCCGUAAGCUUCGUUUAAUUCAGAUAUUGAUAGUCCAACUGUUCCUGUUUUUUUGUUUAUAACGAUGUUGCGUUAUCGCUGCAAGUGAAAAUUAUUUUUUUUGUUAAAUAAUUCAUAAGUCAAGGAUGCUUUAAAUUUUAUUAAAACUAAAAAAAUUGAAAGUCCAGUUCUAGCUCUUAAUGUUUUCAUUUCUAACAAUUUUGUAGGUCUAACUUUUAAGUCAAAUUUUAUUUCUUAAGGAUUAUUAUUUGGUUGAAAAUAUAUUUAAAAACCAAAGU